AUAUCAGAAAUGGUUCACAAGCCUCGCAACUCUCUCCUGACUGCUGGCGUCUCCAAGUACAGCCGCUCCCAGGUCAUCGCCAAGCGUGCCUUGUAUAAGCGCAAGCCCACUGGAACCGUUGCUGCUGCCCCUAAGGCUGCCAACAAGACUGUCGAGGUUAAGGGCGGCAAGAACGGUGGUUCUCGUGUCAUUGCUGCUUCCAAGGCACCUCGCUUCUAUUCCGCCGAGGAUGUUGCUGUCCCCAAGAAGAACCGUAAGCAUGCUGGCACCGCUAAGCUCCGCACCUCCAUCGUCCCUGGUACUGUCCUCAUCCUCUUGGCCGGUCGCUACCGUGGCAAGCGCGUUGUUUUCUUGAAGCAGCUCGAGUCUGGCUUGUUGCUCGUUUCUGGCCCCUUCAAGGUUAAUGGCGUUCCCCUCAAGCGCGUCAAUCAGGCCUACGUUAUUGCCACCUCCACUAAGGUUGACAUUGAUGCUUCCAAGGUUGAUGCCCAGUUGAAUGAUGCCUACUUUGCCCGUCCCAAGAGUGCCAAGAAGGUCGCCACUGAGGAGGCCUUCUUCGAGGGCCAGAAGAAGAAGGAGCCUCUUGCUGAAAAUAAGGUUGCUCUCCAAAAGUCCACUGACAAGCUUAUCCUCGAGGCUGUCAACAAGGUUGAGCACCUCCGCCAGUACUUGGCUUCCAAGUUCUCCCUUUCCAAGGGCCAGGCUCCUCACGCUCUCAAGUUCUAAAUGAAUUGAAUCAAACCAAAUAUCAAUAACAGUGCUUCUUGUGAAUAAAGGAUGAGUGAACCUAUUUCUUUCCUUAAUAUGGACUUGUACAUCAUAUCAUCC